GCGUCGACGCACAGGCGCUGACGUACUCACACAUACGUAUAAAAGGCCGGUGUCGCGACGCUUUCGCCGUCAUUCUCGCGCGCGCGGACGCCGAAGUUGCGGUACCCCGAGUCGGGCGUCAUCGUCGUGUCUGUCAUUGGUUAUUCACGGAGGCACUUAACAGUCGCACAUCCUCUCAGCGACGUGAGAACGAAGGACUACUCGUCCGCAAAUGAGAGUUUCAUCCCCUGGCAAAAAGAAGAAACGCUACUGUCAGAGCUUUUAACAGUCCGAGAGUGUAUUCCGUGUGUCACACUCAUCUCCCACCUGCAGGGUCGCACCAGCGGAAUCUGACAGCAACAGAUUCAAACAGGCACCAUGAAGUCAAGAAUGAGUUUAAUAACUAUCAUAAUUAUUAUAUUCUACGUGUUGAAUGUCGUUGGACGAUCAUCAGCGGCGAUACAAGAGGUAUCUUCUUCAUCUUUACAUAUUCCACGAUUUCACCCGUUAUUAAACAACUUGGAAUUUAAAAAACCUCAGAAAAAGUCCUACAUUGAAGAAUAUAAGAGACUACCCCUUUAUAACUUUGGCAUCGGGAAGCGGAUGGAUAAUAAUGAAGAUAAAAGAAACCAGCAAUUCUCAUUCGGCAUCGGCAAACGUCUUCGAGACUUCAGGUUUGGUUUAGGAAAACGCAACGCAUACCAUCCCUUCAGUUUGGACUUUUUGGCUGAUAACAUAGAGGGAUAUCAAUCACGCGACAACUCGAACGAUUUUAUGGGGAACAAACGUAGCCAGUACUUCGGUUUUGGACUAGGAAAACGAACCUGGAAGUUACCACCUGAAGAAAUGACUGGAAAAAGACUGAACGAUUCUGUAGUCCUGAAAUUCUUGCUCGGUUUGGGCAAAGAACCGGAUGAGGACAAUGAUUUAAUUCAGUAAAGCGUUCUCGUCGAGGAGCACAAAUUGUUAUCUUGCUCAAUCGCUUUUAAUCCCUGGACGAUACCAGAGGAAAUAUCUGAUUUAUUUAUUUCCAAAAAUAUUUUGGCAAAAUACAAUAACAGCGGAUAAAUGAUUGAAAAGACUGUACAAUUUAUUAAUUGUUUGACGUUUCAAAUUCUAGAUGUCUAAUAUUUUAACAAUAUAAAUCUAUUAUAAAAUCGAGAUUUUAUGUUGUAUAAAUCAAUAAUUAAUUGAUGUACUUCAUGAUAAGACAGAUAAAUAUUAAAUUAAGUAGAUAUUCCUAUUUUUGUUAUAAAUUAUAAACUCGAGAUUAUCGAGAUUAAAUUCAUUAAAAUUACAUAUAAUGCAGUUUUCUUGAAUGUUUAUGUCAAUACCAUCUCGUACCGUGUAUGAUUUCAUUAAUUGUCGAAAGCAAAACACACUGUCGACGGAAAUUAAGAGCGAUAUCGAGAUUUUCUUUUUAUUUUCUAAAACUUGGUAUAAAAUUAGUGCGCCAUCGACAAUACUCCCUCCAAUGUUUAAAAACAAAAACGCAAGAACGAUCUAUUUGAAGUAGAAAAAUUCUCCGAAUAUUUCUUUUUAGACAUAG